AAGUGUGCUUCCUUCUUUUCCGCUGUAACCCGACUCAGCGCUGUCGGUGGGUAGGGGCUCGGGCAAGGUCUCCUAAUCUCCCGCCAUCCGCGAUCGAGGGUUUCCCCCACGGCCAUGGGCAAGUUCAUGAAACCGGGGAAGGUGGUGCUGGUCCUGGCCGGACGCUACUCCGGACGCAAAGCCGUCAUCGUGAAGAACAUCGACGACGGCACCUCCGACCGCCCCUACAGCCACGCUCUGGUGGCCGGGAUUGACCGCUAUCCCCGCAAAGUGACGGCCGCCAUGGGCAAGAAGAAGAUCGCCAAGAGGUCGAAGAUCAAGUCCUUCGUGAAGGUGUACAACUACAACCACCUCAUGCCCACACGGUACUCCGUGGACAUCCCCCUGGACAAGACGGUGGUCAACAAGGACGUCUUCCGAGACCCGGCCCUCAAGCGCAAGGCCCGGCGUGAGGCGAAGGUCAAGUUCGAGGAGAGGUACAAGACCGGCAAGAACAAGUGGUUCUUCCAGAAGCUCCGCUUUUAGCUGUUUUUGUUUCCAUCAUUAAAAAUUAAAAAAAAAA